AUGGCAGCGCGCAGCGCGUCGGUGCGAUACGAAGGGAUCGUCAUUGAUGACGAGUCCACGGCAUCCGAGCUCGAUGUCGAUUCCGACCUCGAUCUGGGGCCGUUCGACACGCCAAGACCAUCCAAAGGCGUCAAAAGACGACGAUUGCAUGUAGCCGACCAUGUCGACGACGAAGAAGAGGGAGCUGAAGUGGUGCCGGACGAUCCGGAUCGGGGCCCAGGGAAAUGCCCUCGACCAGAAGAUAUAAGUGUCAAGAUCGAGUGGACCGACGAGUCCGACGGCGAAUACGAGCGGCUCAAAAAACGCAAAAGGGGUGGAGGAGGCGGUCGAGGUAGAGGCCGGGGAAGAGGGCGCGGACGAGGCAGGUCGGCCGCGGCCGGGCGGAAGGACGCCAAGGGAAAAGGAAGGGCCGAAUCGACAGCACGUGCAGACAAUGACGAGUUCGUGAAGGGGGAGAACGAGGACGAGGAGGGCGUCACCAUUCCAGAAUACAUCCGCACGCGCCGCCGGGAUUUCGACAAAAGACGAGCGCUCCUGAAAGACGCCGGCCUUCGGCUCCCUCCCGAUUACAGCGACAUCUACUUUUCCGACGACGACAACGACCGGCGGCGUCAUCGUGUUCGUCCAGAUGGAUCCGGCCGCACCAAGAGCAACAGUAGCCGUCUGCCCCAGACAUCGCUCCAAACGCGGCCCCAGUUCGACAGCAGUGUGCGGCCAUCCCGCGAGCGGAAAGACAUUGUGCUCGAGUUCUCGGCGGGUGUCAUUCCAGCUUGCAUGGCCCAGUACCUACGGGACUACCAGGUGGCCGGUGUGCAGUUCUUGCACCAGCUGUUUGUCUACCAAAAGGGCGGCAUCCUGGGCGACGAUAUGGGCCUCGGCAAAACCGUGCAGGUGGCUGCCUUUUUGACGGCUGCCUUUGGCAAGACGGGCGACGAGCGUGACGACAAGCGCAUGCGCAAGAUGCGGCGUGCAGGGCCUCCUGCCGGUGCCAUCGGUGACGGUGACGGCGACGACCCCGACAGCCGUUGGUACCCGCGCGUGCUGGUCGUGUGCCCCGGCUCGCUCAUUCAGAACUGGCGCAAUGAGCUGCAGCGCUGGGGCUGGUGGCAUGUUGACCUCUAUCACGGUUCCGGCAAGGACGAUGUGCUGCAGUCUGCCCGUGCCGGGCGUCUCGAGAUCAUGGUGACUACGUACACCACCUAUAAAAACAACAAGGGCCGCAUCAAUUCGGUGUCCUGGGAUGCCGUCGUCGCCGACGAGUGCCACAUCCUCAAGGAGCGCAAGUCCGAGAUGACCAGCGCCAUGGACGAAGUCAACGCUCUGUGCCGCAUUGGCCUGACAGGAACGGCCAUCCAGAACAAGUACGAGGAGCUGUGGACCUUGCUCAACUGGACGAACCCGGGCCGCUUUGGCACGUUGCGCGAGUGGCAGCAGACGAUCAGCAGGCCUCUGACCAUUGGCCAGUCGCACGACGCCACUCUCUUCCAGCUGAGUCUGGCCCGCACGACGGCCAAAAAACUGGUCCAGAACCUGCUGCCCGAGUUCUUUCUGCGGCGCAUGAAGUCGCUCAUCGCCCACCAGCUGCCGCGCAAGACCGACCGGGUCGUCUUUUGCCCACUGACCGACCGCCAGAGCCAGGCCUACAAGAACUUUGUCGACAGCGAGCAGGUCGAGUUCUUGCGCCGCGUGUCUGAGCCGUGCGAUAAUCAUCCGCACCGAAAGCGUGGCUGGUGCUGCUACAAAUAUGUCUCCCCGGUACCUGGAAUGAAGGUGAGCUGGUUCAGCCUCGUCUUUCCGACGAUCCAGAACCUGCUCAAGCUGUCGAAUCAUCUGACGCUUCUCAUCCCGUCGGCUGACGGCGUCGUGGGCACGGCAGAGGAAGAUGAGCCGGAUCCCGACGACGUUGACGAAGAGGAGGAGGGGGAAAAUGAAGGCGAGCAGGGGAAUGGCGAAGGCAGCUCACGGCGGCCAUCCUCGACAGCAUCGGUUGCCGCCAAAAUCAAAGCCGUCUCGGCCGCCAAAGCCGCCAACGACCGUUACAAACGCGCCAUGGCCGUCCUCAAGACCUGCGUGCCGGACGACUGGGAGACGCUCUACCGCCAGCGUGACUCGCUCGUCAACUUGGCGAACCCCGACUUCUGCGGCAAGUGGAAGGUGCUGCGCAAGCUGUUGCGCUUUUGGCAUGAGAACGGCGACAAGGUGCUCGUGUUCUCGCACAAUGUCCGCCUCCUGCGCAUCCUGCAGCACCUGUUCCACAACACGAGCUACAGCGUCAGCUACCUCGACGGCUCGCUCAGCUAUGAUGAGCGCCAGCGCGUCGUCGACGAUUUCAAUGCCGACCCGGCCCAGUUUGUCUUUCUCAUCUCCACCAAGGCCGGCGGCGUCGGACUCAACAUCACCUCGGCCAACAAGGUUGUCAUCUUUGACCCGCACUGGAACCCGGCCUACGACCUGCAGGCCCAGGACCGCGCCUACCGUAUCGGCCAGGUGCGCGAUGUCGACGUGUUCCGCCUCGUGUCGGCCGGCACCAUUGAAGAAAUUGUCUACGCGCGCCAAAUCUACAAGCAGCAGCAGGCCAACAUUGGCUACAGCGCGUCGUCCGAGCGGCGCUACUUCAAGGGCGUGCAGCAGGACCAGACGCGCCAGGGCGAGAUCUUUGGCCUCAACAACCUAUUUACGUUUUCUGCCGACCAGGUCGUGCUGCGCGACAUUGUCAACAAGACCAACAUUGCUGAGGCCAAAGUGGGUGUGCACCUGACGGCCAUUGACAUGCAGCAGGCGGCGGCCGACAAGGACAAUGAAAUGCUCGUCAAACUGGAGGGCGCCGCCAGCAAUCACCAAAUGGCCGCCAUUAUAAAGUCUGAGGGAGCCGACGACGACAGCGAUGACAAGAACGGCGCCGCAGACAAGAAACCCGACAGCCCGCCUGGCAAGCGAGAUGCGAUUCAGGCCAUCCUCGCAAGCGCCGGCGUCGAGUACACACAUAACAACUCGGAGGUGGUCGGCAGUAGUCGCGUCGAGGCCCAGCUGUCGCGUCGCGCCGAAAUGGUCCUGGCAGAAGAAGGUGGUAUGGACGGUGGCGGUGGCCGCGGCGACGAUGACGAAGACGACGGUGAUCUGGACGGCCACAACACCAGUCGCGUCAGCGUCACCAACCGAAGUGCCUACUACGGCCACGACCAGAGCGACAGCGGUAGUCAUAUCGACAGCCUGUCGGACAACGACAGCGUCGCAGCCCAUGAGGCGAACGUCGGAGACAUCAGUUCGACCAUGGCCGACACCAGCGCUGCUUUCCGCUCUGCCCGCGACGCCGAUUUCUCAGGGUUCUAUGCGUCCUUGCUUCUUGGCCAACGCCUGCAGUACAACCCGCCCGACGACGUCAUGCGCCGCCAAUUUUGCACCAUGGCGCGCGAGGCCGGCUUCGCCACGGCCACGGACUUUGCCGUGGUCGUCGAGGGUUGGACGCCCGAGCAGCGGCGGCAGUGCCUCGAGAAGUUUUACCGGAAGCGAGAACUGCUGCUCCGCGAGCAGAUGGAGGCCUCGCGGGAGACAGAAAGCGAGGGUGAAGGAGACGAAGAAGGUGGCCUCACGGUAAGGGAGCAAAUCAAGGUUGACGAAGAAGGCGACGAGGAUGAACCGAAAGAAGGCGAAGUGGCUUCCUUGGUCGUCAUCAGCGAGGACGUUGUGGAGAGACGCGAGCGAGUCAUGAGAAUGGACGACUCAGACGACAACGGCAACGGCAAAGGAAAAGAGAAAGAGAAAGAUGUCAAGGACAUCAAGGACACCAAGAAGGUGGAAGAUGAUGCCGACCAGUUGAAUGGCAAGAAAGAAGCCGACGAAACGAACUCAUUACCACAAAUAAAAAAGGAUGACGACGGCGACGACAAGGGCCCGGUCAAAACAGAAGCCGCCCUCCCCCGAAUCAAGCGCGAACCGCACAGCAAGACGAUCCUGUCGACACAGGCCACGGCUACGCAGCCUACGCAAAAUCAGGCAACACCGUCAGUCACGUCUGUCGCGUCUGUGCGCAUCAAGCACGAGAACAACACGGCACGGUGGGAAACGAACGCAGCCGACGAAGCCAUGGCGGUGGACGAGGCUGCCGGGAACUCAAAGGACGAUACCGUUGUCGUCUUGCUCUCCAGCAGUCCAGUUGCUGCUCCCGCAGAUAGGGAGCUGGAGCCUGCCUCGGUCGUCGAGGUGCCCGACCAGCGGACGUCGGUGCCGCCCAUCUCGCUUACACGCUCGAUCCAUGAAGAUAUCAGCGACUCGGACGACACGGAUGAAUUGUAA